AACGACGGCCACCUUGCAACUCAGCUGAUCGAUCAAACAAAAAAUAUUGAUACACAGGAAUUUAUGAAAAAAAUGCUCAACGUUUAGAAGGAGAAAGUAUUUAGUAGCACGCACGAAAUGGACAAGAAUCUGGAUGAGGUCAAAGACACCGUACAAAAGAAGUUCAAUGAAAUCCGUGCUGCAUUGCAUAUGCGCGAGAAGUUGCUGCUGCGGCAACUGGAGGUCAUAGCGAAUACUCGCCAGCAGCAGCAGUUGCUGAAGAAGUCCCCCUCCGAAGUGGACAACUCGAUUGGCGAAAAGGAUCAAAGUGGUGUGCGUUUCAUUCCCGGAGAGAGCGAGGAUGCCGAGGAGAAGCUACUGACCGCCAUCCGAAGCUUUGGGCAUUUUCUGCUGGACAACAGUGAUAUGCAGCUGGCGCUGCAGGAUUACCGCACCACAGGAUUGAGGAACGAGGACUACAUAGAGCCUCUAGAUGACCACGAGACCAUGUACAAGUGCCUGCAGGAUGGGCAAGUAUCAUAUCUCGACCUGGACGAAGACGGCGCCCCACCGGAGGCCAUUGUUGUGGACUUCUCCCGCAACAGAGCUCUCGUAGAAGACAAUGCCAAGCGCUCCAUCAUCAACAUCACACUGCAGGAAGCCAAGGAUCUGAUAAAGAAGGCCAAGAUCAAGAGGGAUACCUAUGUGCCACCUUUAAACUUGGAGGAACUAGAUGACGAGCUGGAAUCUUCGAUUGCCGAAGCCGUGUCCAGCCUGGGGCGAGAAACCUCUGCAAAAUCGAAGGGCAGCGUACAAGAACCACCGAAAACCAAGAGUCGCAAACAGCGCUUCAAGCCAAAAAUCACCAUCAACAAUUGCAAUGGCACCAUCAACCUGCGCAACAUAGCCAGCCUGACCAUCAACUGCGCCAGCGAAGAGGCGGUGAGUGCAGAGAUUCCCCUGGCCAAAUCCGCUGAUUCCAGUACCACCGAACCCUCGAACUCCACGCCCACGACCACCGCCUCCAGUUCGAAUUACUCAAGUAAUGCCAGCUCCCGUUCGCAGUCCAAAAAGCAAAAGGCAAACAAGAAGGCGGAUAAGAUCGAACGCGAACCCAGCUCGGAUUCCACUCCGACGCCUGGACAAGGCCAGCGUUACGAGGAGACUGAGAUUCACGAUGUCACCUGCGAUUUCUACAAUCGCCUCCUCAAUGAGAUAAAGAAGAGCAUGGUGGAGAAGCCACGCAGGACUUACAACCAGGUGGCAGAGCCCGUUCAAACAUCGGCUGCCGAUUCCAGUUGCGAUGCCAACUCCAAUCCCAAACAGUCGGCUGCCAAACAGGAGCCAGUUUCGACCACCACAUCGCUAACACAAAGCGAAUCGGGACCACAAUUGCAGCCGGGCAAGAGGCUAAUCCUUAAAAACUUUGAGAAUCUCAAGAUCAUCCUCGAGGCAAACAGCGGCGAUGAGGACUCAUUCCAUCCCGUCCAGAUCGAGCAGUGGCUGGCGGAGAUUAUCUCUGAAGCGGAUCUGGAGCCCAUGCAGAACACGGAUAUCCUGGAGCACAGUCGCAUUCACAGCAGCGAGAGUCCCUAAAGCGGCGGAUCCUUUGUAUUCCAAACUAUUUAUCCUUAAUGCACUCAGUAUUUUCUGUUUGUUAUGAAUAGCUAUAGUUUCCUUACUUUGUUUUUAGUUUAC